AUGAAUGAUGUUUCAUCCAAAUUCUUUUCCAGACACGUGAGUUCCUCUUUGUCAGCUAGACCAUCUAUGUCGUCUGCAUAUUUUCAUUUUUGUACUUGCUUGAUUUCGGUGCCUCUAACAACACCGUAUCUAUCUAUCUAUAUAUCUAUCUAUCUAUCUAUCUAUGUUCAUUUCUUUCUUUCUUUCUUUUUUUUUUCUUUCUUUCUUUCUUUAUUUAUUUCUAAAUGGUUCAUUUUUUUUAUCUAUCUUUUUGCUUCUUUUUAUCUAUCUAUCUAUAUAUCUAUCUAUCUAUCUAUCUAUCUAUCUAUCUAUAUUUGUUCAUUUUUAAAUUUUUUUCUUAUCUAUCUAUCUAUCUAUAUUUGUUCAUUUUUAAAUUUUUCUUAUCUAUCUAUCUAUCUAUCUAUCUAUCUAUCUUUGUAUCAUUUUCUAUAUUUUUUCAUUAUUUCAAAAUCUAUUUUUCUUAUCUAUCUAUCUAUCUAUCUAUCUAUAUUUGUUCAUUUUAAAUUUUUCUUUUUUCUAUCUAUAUUUGUUCAUUUUAAAUUUUUCUUAUCUAUCUAUCUAUCUAUCUAUAUUUGUUCAUUUUUAAAUUUUUUCUUAUCUAUCUAUCUAUCUAUCUAUCUAUCUAUCUAUCUUUGUUCAUUUCUAUGUUGUUUGUUUUUAUCUAUCUGUUACAACAGUUCAUAUCUAUCUAUCUAUCUAUCUAUCUAUCUAUCUAUCUAUCUAUCUCAUUUUGUUCAUGAUUUGACACCUCCCCAUAAACACUCUCUUCCUUAUCUCUCUCUCUCUCGAUCUGAAUAUUAUGAUCUCUCUCUCUCUCCCACUCUCUCUCUCCCUUUCUCUCUCUAUCGACGUCGCGUGAACCGUAUUCCCGUCGUCGUCGUAGUGACCGCGUUUUGUCGACGACGAGGGGCUAGCUGUCGAUCCGUUGAUGACGAGGCGCGCCGCGACGGCAGAAGAUAG